AUGGCAACCGAUUUAUUAGUAAAAAGCACAUAUCUGGAGUUCUCUUCUAAGCUUGGCUUAUUCACCUCAAAUUCACAUAACAAAGCUAAAAGUUCAACAAAAUCUUUGUCCUCUCUCCCUACCCGUAAAAAUCGGGUAGUCCAAAUCCAAAGUUACAGUGAUCAGAUUCAUGUCCAGAAAUUGGUCAACUUCCUCCAUGAAUGUUCACGAGAAAGAUCCAUCAAAGAAGCAAAAGCAAUUCAUGGGAUCAACAGAGAAUGGGCUAUUUCAUGA